AUGUUGUCAACGUUGGAAACAUUACCUGAUGAGAUUCUUAUGAUGAUUUUUUCAUGUUCAGACGAUGUCAUCACUACUCUUCGAGCAUUUCUCGGUCUGAAUCAACGUUUCAAUCGAAUUCUACUCGAUAAACAUUUACAUUUACUAAGUGAUUAUCUACACACGAAUAUCCAUGAUGAUUAUUACAAAUCUGAAGUUUUUCAUCAGGUUUCUCAACAAUUAUUAUCUGUUAAUAAGUCAAUUGAUACAAAUCAUCUUUGUCAAGUAUUACAACCGUUAAUUAACUAUCAUAUACAACAAAAAUAUCUUCAAUCAGGACGUGAAUUACAAAGUUCUUUUGAACAAUGUCAACUAAUGCGUCAACAACUUACCGAUGAAGAGAUUUCUCAAAUAGAUAAUGAAUUAAACGAACAAUUUCAUAGUUUAAAAAACAUUUCCAUCACACGAGAACAUAUCAGAUACAUUAAAUCCCUUGUUUUAUCAAAAGGUGCUUGUUUACAAUGUGAUGAUGAUGAAUUUAGUGAAUAUAAUAUAACAAAAUGUGUUUACGAACGAUUACUACAAUACAUUAACAGUCCAACAUCCGAAGCAUCAAACCGAAUCAAUUUAUCCUUACAGUUAUUCAAAAUUUUAAUUAUUUCAAAUCCUUCUCUAUUAAAAAAUCGAGAUCACAUUGCCAAUCAACCUGGUCAUUUACAAAAAGUUCUUCUCCAUAACAUCUUUCGAUUAAAACCUUCUUCUCAUAAUAUUUCAUCAGAACCUGUCAACAUGGAAUAUUAUCGCGCGAUCGUUGAUUUAUCUCUUUUUACAAUUCAAUCAUGGAAAUAUGUCCCUGAUCAAAUAUAUUAUAUCGAAGAUAAUAUGUUUGAUGUAUUGGGUAUGAUUUCAGAAGUUGAUCAAGAUACUUUUAUUCGAAAUGCUCAAUGGGAAAUUCUCGGAGCAAUUAUCAAUGAUUAUUUUCUUAAUUCAUAUGAAGCAUGGGAUGAUCAAUUCAAGAAUACAUUGAAAGAGAUUUUUAAGAAAUUGAUUGAGAAAAAACGAUUAGAUGUUAUUAAAUACAUUUAUUUUUAUUUUCGAUUUGAAGAUUUCUUUAAUGAUUCAAAAUAUGUCCGCGAAUGUAUUAAUUUAAUGACCGGAAAUCGAUCGGAUAGACGAUUUUUCUCGAUGAUUAUGGACGAUGCGUCAUUAGAUUCAUUAUUUUUCAAGAAAACAUUAUUAUUUAUUCUGUUACAGAAGAAAGAACGAAAGUUAAUAGAAAAGAUAUUAAUGUUAUCACCUAAUCUUAUCGAUGAAUUGGAUGAAAAUGGUAACGAUCCGUUACUUUAUAUUUGUUUGAGAGUUAACGGUUGUCGACAUCGAAUAAUUGAAUUUCUAAUUAAUAUGGGAUCUGAUUUACAAAGAAAAAACAAUGAUGGACAGAACUUCUUAAACGCACUACAAUUGCCGAGAAAUAAAAAGUUAUUAGAAGUCUUAUAUGAACAAGAAAUCAUUUCGGAAUAUUUUCAAUGA